AGCAGCGCGAACGGGAGAGUUACAGCGGUUAGUGCGAGCGCUGAAGGGAAGCGGUCCGGGGAGGCAGAGAGCGCGGACUGCUCGCUCUGGGGCUGAGACCGAGGCGGAUCUCUGGGGAUUGUUCGGGUGACAGGACUGAGAGCCAUGGCAUCUUCUCCAAGAACACCCUCUUCCUGCAAAAGGUCAGCCACCAGCCGUGGCUCCCCUAGAUAUGCUAGAUCCCCAUCUCCUCACCAGAAUGACUCUACUCCUCUUCCAUCGAUCAAUAAACGCCUAGCCUACCUCCGCCCCUCCCGGGAACUACUGGAGUACUACCGAAAAAAGAUUGCACAAUUUGAUGAAGAGCAUGAGGAACUGGUCAAAAGACUGGAGAAAUACAAGGCAACAUAUGAUGAGCAGCACAAAUUACAAUGGGAAAUGCGUCAGCGGGAAGAAGAAAUUGCAGAGCUGCAGAAGGCUUUAAGUGACAUGCAGGUUUACCUCUUCCAGGAGAGAGAGCACGUUCUGCGUCUUUAUGCUGAGAAUGAUCGACUGAAAAUCAGGGAAUUGGAGGACAGAAAGAAGAUUCAACAUCUUUUGGCUUUAGUGGGAACAGACACUGGUGAAGUAACUUAUUUUCACAAGGAACCACCUCACAAGGUCACAAUACCUCAAAGGAUAACCAAGAGCAGGGAUUCACAUACUCAAAGUAAUAAGCACACUUUAAAAACAGGUAUUAAAAACUGUGGCUCAAAACCCAAGACAGAGAAACCAGAGAGUAGAAAUGAAUACCAGAGGGAUGAUCAAAUUUUAUUGUUACAGGUGGAAGCUCUUCAGGCUCAGCUAGAAGAGCAAACAAAGCUGUCCAAGGAACAAACUGAAGCAUUGCUAGAGGACAGACGAAUCCGUAUAGAAGAAGUUCAGGUCCAGCAUCAGAGGGAUCAGGAAAAGAUUAAAGACCUUACCGAAAAAUACCACAAAGCUCAAAACUUGCUGUAUGAGAGCACCAGAGAUUUUCUCCAGAUGAAGUUUGAGGCACGGGCAAAUGAGAAAUCCUGGAUGGCAGAGAAAGACACUCUGUUGAGGAAGUUGGACAAAAGCAAAGAUCCAGCCAAACGGCGCAGGGUUCGGCAUGACCAGGAGGACCACAAUAGAAGUCAAGACAGUGGUCAGAGCUGGCAAGACAGUAGCCCAGAUCAACAAGAGAGUAGCCCAGACCAGUGGGAGAGCAGUCCCUGUCAACACAGCUUCAGCAAGGGAGCAUCUCCUGGCAAGAAAGUAGAUGGUUACAAGAAGAGGAAACAGAGAGAUACUAAACAUGUUUCUCGAAGACAGCAUGCAUUGCAUAAAGGAUAUGGUGUAGAGAUUAAGGGACUACAGGAGCAAUUGACACAGGAGCAGCGGUUAGCAGACAUGUACCGAGAACAGUGUAUUUCCCUGGAAGAGCAGUUGGCUAAGAUCCGGGAGGAGGGAGAUGUAGGGCGAGAGCUCUUCAAGGAACGCUCAGAAAAGAUGGGAAAACGCCUACAGCUGAUGACCCAGCGCUAUGAGGCACUAGAAAAACGACGUGUUAUGGAGGUGGAAGGCUUUAAAACUGACAUUAAACAACUUCGGCAACGGCUGAAGGAUGUGGAGAGGCAACUUUUCAAGGUGACAAUGUCUGUGGGGCCAGACCAAGACCUUGCAAUUCUGCAUGAAGUUCGCCAAGGAAAUAAGAGAACUAGAAAGAUUCAAGGGGAACUGAAAAAUUUAAAGUCAAAGAUCUAUGGCUUGGAAAAUGAGCUACGUGUUUGCUGAUAAGGACAUGCUAGAGAGAUUGACAAAGAUCCUUGUUCCAAUAGCUUUUUCUGCUCUGUGACAGAACUUUUAGUUUGCUUUGACCCUAGGACUUAAUUUUAUGCUCUAGGACUAAAGGAGCCUAUUAAACAGAAUGUGAGAUUUAGAAGGAAA